CUGAGCCACCCAUGCACCCCUAAAAAUUAUUUUUAAAAAGAGGCUCCAAGACUGUGAAUCAACACAAGUGGUUUAGGGAACUACCUAUUGCUGAGCCCACUAGGGCCCCAUAUCUGCGUGGUAGGAGACCUGGCAGGUUUUACUACAGGGCUAAGUCAAAUGAAUUUGCCUAGUGGGUGAUGACGAGUGGGUCUCUCAGAACUUCCGGAGGGGUGAGUCCACAACUGAGCUGACGUACUUACCAAAAGGAGAUAGGAGUCGGUCAGCGACUGGGGUUGGGAGCUGUGGGUAGAGGUGGUUGGGGUUCCCGAAGAUCCAGGGAAUGGGUUUCCCUUAAGUACUCAGAGAUCUCAGUAUUUCGGAUUGCUCAGCUACCACAGGGUAGUUGCCUCUACCUAACUUUACGUGAUUAAGGAAGAAAAAGCAGACAUCCCAACCAUUGGCGGGUGGGACUCGAGGGGUGGGCCUGGUAAACAGGAAGAGGUGUGGUCCCGGAAGUCUCUGGACCUCCGGUGUUUCUCGCUGGUCAAGCUUGGAAGAUCGGGGUCAUCACCCGUUGGCUCCUGUACCUUGUAGCCCCGCCCCUCACUUUCCUUCGCCACACCCCCCACCCCCAGCCAAACGAUCUGUCUGCUGGAAGCUUGGUGCUAUUGAGUUGGGUAAGGUGAAAAUCAGCGGAGGCAGUCGUCUUCUCAUGAUCAAAUAGUCUUGAGUUUUAAACCCCCUUCCUGUUGGGAACGCAGGUGUUCAUCCUCCCUUCUGCCUCCCCAUCCAGUUCUCAGCUUUGGGAAUGGAACCUGCGUGGGGGAGGGGAUUGAAAAGUAGGGGCCUACCGGAUAAACGGAUAAGAGUGGAAUGAGGAUUUUGGGGUGUCUCUUCCCACUCUCAAUUUUUAUAUUCUCCAGCUACUUGUUGAAUGUCCUUUGGUACCUAACUGCAAGGUGGUUUGCAGUGCGAAUAUCUCACACUGCUGUAGGGGCUCCUGAUUAGAGAUAGACCAAUUUCUAUCAUAGACUCCUCUCUACUAGAUAGCUCUGGGGAUCCUACUGUCGAAAGUCGAGUUUCAUAGCACCUUGCGUGUGAUGAGCAGUUUCUUUAGCACUGCUCUUGGGAAUCUCCGGCCUCAUUAGACAAAAAUGGAGCCCCGUCCCUUGGUAUGGUACCUUAUAUGAGAAUAGUAUGAGACACAGCUAUUGUCAUCCUUAAUUUUCAUCAGGAGACCCAGAAGAAAGAGGGGUUUACACGGUCAACAAGGAAGGAGGCCUCACCCCUGCAGAAGCAGGAACUAGAGUCCACCCUGGAUAACAACUGUUAGUGAAAACAUGGAGGCCCAAGAUGAGAAAUCCCAGACGUCUAGACCUUCGGACUCCAAAUCCUUGACUAUUACUUCCUCAACUCCCCAGCUAUUAAAGUCUGAGUUGCCUACUGAGGAAUUGAUGGGGAAGGGACAGAAGCUUGACACUCUGUCACCAAACAUUUGGUCUGAUGAAGAUAAUGAUGAAAUAUUGGAGACCACAGACAGUGAUGAACUGAAGGAUAAAGCCCCCCCUGAUCGACCAUACUGGGCCAAUAAAAUUGAAUACCUUCUGGCCCAGGUGGGCUUCUCUGUGGGGCUGAGCACCAUCUGGCGCUUUCCUUACCUGUGUUUUCACAACGGAGGUGGCAGUUUUCUCAUCAUCUACAUCCUCAUGCUGUUCUUGAUCGGGGUUCCUCUUCUAUUCCUGGAGAUGGCAGCUGGUCAGAGAAUGCGUCAGGGCAGCAUUGGUGUAUGGAAGGUCAUCAGCCCCUGGAUUGGUGGUGUGGGGUAUACCAGCUUCAUGGUGUGCUGCAUUGUGGGCUUGUACUACAGUGUGCUCAUGGCCUGGAGUCUCUUCUAUUUAGUUCAGUCUUUCCAGUCUCCACUGCCUUGGUCAGUGUGCCCCUUACUGAGGAACUCCAGUACUUACGAUCCUGAAUGUGUGCGGACAACAUCCACUACGUACUUUUGGUACCGGAAUGUAUUGAAGGCCACAGACAAAAUCGAAAUGGGUGGGCUACCAGUUAAGCAUCUCAGUGUCUCUGUCUUUGUGACCUGGUUAAUUAUCUGCAUCUCCAUGAUCAGAAGACCCAAGUCCUCUGGAAAGAUGCUGUAUGUCUCAGUGAUCCUUCCCUACUUCAUCCUUUUCUGUCUCCUUAUCCGGAGUCUCAUGCUGGAGGGUGCAAAAUUUGGUCUCGACAAUUUGUUGGCUGCCCAGGUGCCAGCUCUGUACUCUGUGGAAGUGUGGCGCCGGACAGGGAACCAGAUCUUUUUAUCCACGGGCCACGGCUUUGGCAGCUUCAUCGCAAUCAGCUCAUACAUCCCUCGAUCCAACAACUGUGUCAUGGAUGCCUUUGCUGUGGCUCUUCUCAACUUGGUUGCCUCACUGACCGCCAUGGUGUUUGUAUUUGCCACAAUGGGCCACUUGGCCACAAAGAACAACAACAAAUGUUACGUAAAGAAUGCCAAGACAGUGAUGAAUCUGAUAGUUACUGGGGUGCUGCCUCCUGAGGUCCAGCCCCCAGACAGUCUGUAUUAUGAGCCAAGCUCCAUCUACCCCAAAUGGUUCAAGAACCUUCCUGAACAAAUGAAAAGCAUGAUCCUUCCCCAUUUGUCCAAUUGCAACUUAUCUGAACAAUUGAAGGAGGUUAUGGCGGGUCCUGGUGUGGCCUUUGUGGCAAUUACUGAUACCAUCUCUGUGUUUCCUGGAUCCACUCUCUGGGCCAUCGUCAUCUUCAUGUUGCUGGCAAACCUGGGGCUGAGCACCAUGAUAGGGAUCAUGCGGGGCAUUAUUACCCCUCUCCAGGACACCUUCGCUUCCCUCAGGAAACAGACAAAACUGCUUAUAGUGGGCAUCUGUGUGCUUAUGUUCCUGGGCAGCCUCAUUUUUGUGAGACCUUCUGGCAGCUACUAUGUGAACCUGCUGGAUGAUUACUGGGCAUCUCUGCCCCUCCUCCUCAUUGUCAUCUUGGAGAAUGUGGCCAUGGCCUGGAUCUAUGGAGCCAGGAGGUUCCUUGCAGACCUGAUUAUCAUGUUGGGCCGCCCCAUCUCCCCCAUCUUUCGUUGGCUGUGGUGCUUUCUGUCUCCAUUUGUGCUGCUAGUCCUGUUUGUAAACAGCCUGAUUCAUCUGUGUCUGAAGAACAUCACCUACUUGGCCUGGGACUCAAGCAUUUCAAAUGAGGUGAUCCGAACUUACCCAUCAUGGGCUAAAGUCUUGCUCAUCAUCUCCAUCGUCAUUACCAUCUUGCCUAUCCCUGCCUACUUCCUGUACACGCUCAUUGAUGUGGCUUUUCCAGUCUCCGUGAUUCACAAUAAGGUCACAGUUAUCUUCAAACCUGAAGCUAAAGGGAACUCGCUGAAGCCCCAUCCACGGCUUCAGGUGAUUCAAAGUCAAAAGGUUAAUAAAAUGGAUAAAUAACCAGGGAAAAACCUCUCUGCCAUGUGAGUAAUUCAUCUUGGAAAUAAAGACUUGGUUUAUUUGGCAAAACAUCGCUUUUUGUUUUCAAAGUGGAACUCCCCGGCUGGCAACUUGACGUUAGAAAAGGUAAAAGUAGCAAUUGCUAAUGUAACUGGACUCAAAGAUGUUUUGUUUUCCUGGACUGGGAAAGUUUUUCUGGCCAGAUGGAGGUUAACACAGCAGUCAUUCUCUGCAUCUCCUACACUUGUCCUCACCAGACACAUAAUAAUGGUGUUCUUUGACUUCCAGUAUUUGGUUGAUGGUGACGGCUGACCCCUACUUCUCCUAGGCUGCCUUCCUCUUGGAAUUGGUGGUACGUGUCAAGUCUGAUCCCUACAAAACUAAGGUAAAAAUGGUGCUAGUACCCGUGAAACUUUGCUUUUGUCAUGAAAAAAAAAAAAAAAUGCCCAACUCCCACUCUUGCCUUCCAUUGACUUUGUUCAAUUCAAAUGCUAGAAUCCCAGGCCCUCUCUGCCUGGCCCUUCCUGUAAGGAAACAGAUAAGAGACCGAGUCUCAGAAAGCAAUGGAGUUACCGAUUAUAGCAAAGUGGUUAACUAUCUGCUAAUUGAUGACUUCCUCCUGUCUCUCUUGAGCAGGAAUAGCUGAUCAAUUUACCAAGUCUACCAAGGAGCUUAAACCUUUAUCCAACAUUAUAUAUUUUUCCUAAGGUGGUCUAGGAGACUGAAGGAAGGAUAUUUGCCAGAGAAUGAGGGAGACAGUAGAGGUUAACUUCAGAGUUUGAAGACUCAAGAAGGACUUCAUUGAAGGCAAUAUGACAACAAAAUAAGACAAACAAGACACACCAUAGAUUAAGACACCUAAAGUGUAACAUCAAGUAUAUUUCAACAAUCCUCUUUAUUUCUUUUAAAUUUUUUAAGUUUAUUUGUUUGUGUGAGAGAGUGAGAGUAAGAGUGAGUAUGCAGGGGA